AUGAGGAGAGACGCCGGCGCGGGCACCCCGGCCUGGCAUUCCACGUGUGUCCGCCGAACCCUCGUCCCAACGAUCGUCUAUACAGUGGUCCAGGUGCUUCAAGGCACCGAGCACCCAGGACUAAAGGCAGCCAGGAGCAGGCAGGGGCACGCGUCUGUUCCCUCCCUCAGCCCCAGCCCUGGCCCGGGAUCCCUGCCCUUCCACCCCACCCUGCGCUCCACACGGGAGAGGCGCAGAGCCGUGGGAAAGAGGAGCCGGGGCUUCAGAGGCCCUAGUCUGAAAAGGCACCUUUCUGUUUUUAACACAAUCUCAGUCUCCGGAUGUGGGGUACAGAUGUUCCUGUAUUUGACACUUGGAGGUGCAGAGUUUUUCCUCCUGGCCACCAUGUCCUAUGACCGCUAUGCGGCCAUCUGCCAUCCGCUCCGGUACCCCGUCCUCCUGAGCUGCAAGGCCUGUCUGGUCCUGGCACUGGGCUGCUGGGUCCUGGGCUCUGUGGACGGCUUCAUGCUCACCCCAGUCACCAUGACCUUCCCAUUCUGCAAGUCCAGAGAGAUCCACCACUUCUUCUGCGAGGUGCCCGCGGUCCUGAAGCUCUCCUGCUCAGACACCUCGCUCUACAAGACGCUCAUGUACCUGUGCUGCGUCCUCAUGCUGCUCAUCCCUGUCACAGUCAUCUCCACCUCCUAUGCGCUGGUCCUCCUCACCGUGCACAGGAUGAAGUCAGCAGAGGGCAGGAAGAAGGCCCUGGCCACCUGCUCUUCCCACAUGACCGUGGUCCUUCUCUUCUACGGCGCUGCCAUCUACACCUACAUGCUCCCCAGCUCCUACCACACCCCUGAGAAGGACAUGGUGGUGUCUGUCUUUUACACCAUACUCACACCGGUGUUAAACCCUCUGAUCUACAGUCUUCGGAACAGCAGUGUCACCAGGGCUCUGAAGAAAACAUUCACAGUGAGACCUUCCUUUCAGGAAACAAUGAAGUAG